UCCUCCCAUCAUCGACCAACACGAGAUGAGAGCACGAAUUCUUCCUUUCUUCCUCAAUCAACCAUCAUCCUUAUCUUCUCGUUCAUCUCCCUCUAUAUAUAUACACGAUACAAGUUAUCCUCUCCCUCAAUUCUCAUGGCUUCCUCCACCCUUCUUCUCCUUUUCCUUCUCCUCUUAGAUUUCCUAUACCCAUCCGAAUGUGCUGCAUCGAGAAAGCUCACAUCCGUCUACCAUCCACCUGCCACCGUCCUCACUUUCCACAAUGGGACCCUCCUCGAUGGUCCGAUCCCCGUCUCCAUCCUUUGGUAUGGUCACUUUUCUUCCUCCCAACGUGCCAUCGUCGCUGACUUCCUCCUCUCCAUCACUCCCCCGCACCGCCCCACCACCUUCCCUGCCGCAGCCCACACUGUCUCCCGCUGGUGGCGCACCGUCGACCUCUACCUCCAGAAGGCCGGGAGACGACGAGCCCGCGUCCUCCUUGCCAAUCAGGUCCUCGACGAAGCCUGCUCCCUCGGCCGGCGGCUGAGCCGGCGCCAGCUCACCGACCUCGCUCGCGGCCUGGGCGUCAUGCCGGGCGGCGUCACUCUCGUGUUCACGGCGGCGGACGUGGCAGUCGACGGAUUCUGCUCCUCCGCGUGCGGCCUACAUGGCUCGAUCGGCCAGGAGCCGAACCGAUCCGCCUACAUAUGGGUUGGGGAUUCCGCAGCCCAGUGUCCGGGUCAAUGUGCCUGGCCAUUCCACGAGCCUAUUUACGGCCCUACCGGCCCGGUCCUCCGUGCACCCAAUCUAGACGUUGGGUUGGACGGCAUGGUCAUCAACUUGGCCACCCUGCUCGUUGGCGCCGUCACCAACCCAUACGGCGGUGGCUACUUCGAGGGCCAACCCACAAUGCCGAUCGAGGUCGGGGCCGCCUGUGCAGGUGUGUACGGCCAGGGAGCGUACCCUGGUUAUGCCGGGAAAUUGAGAAUGGAUAUGAAGACGAGAGGGAGUUAUAAUGUGGAAGGAGAGAAGGGAAGGAAGUAUUUGGUGCCGGCUUUGCUGAACCCUAUUAGUCAUGCUUGCUCGGUCACCGCUUGAUGCUUGAUUUUGUGUUCAGUUGCGCCAAACUUCUUUGUAUAUAAUAUAAAGAACAUCACGAAUGUUAAUGCUCCAUGAUCCUAUCCGAAAAUAGGAGAGUGGAAAGUUGAGAUGUGGCUGUUGUGUUUGAUUG